AUGAUAAUCAAAUCUACAAUUGUUGUAAUUCUUCUUUUCCUAAAUAUCUUUGUUACUAGUGAACAUUCAGUAUGUAAGAGACAGAAGACUAUAGAAUGGCAUCCAGAACCUAAAACAGUUACAGUGAAUUGGACUCUCAAAGAAAAUAUCUGCAUUGAUUUCUAUAAAAAAUGCUGGGAAAAUAGUUCCAACACUCAAAACAGUUCUUCAGCCCAUCAAGGACUUAAUAUCCCUCAAAUUUGUCCCUUGCAACUUCAAGUUGGGGACACACUUAUUAUUUCUUCUGAACCAUCUUCUCAUUUCCUUGGAAUGAAUCUGAUGAAUGUUUCCAAAGACACUUUCAUUAAUUGUCUGCCAAAUGACAGUGAUCAAGAUCUUUUUGGCUGCAAACUUAAAGGAACACAUAAGGUUAACCCUCAGUGGCUCAGCAUUGGAACACAUUACUUCCUCACUGAAAUGACAGGAGGCCCAUUGCUCUGCAAGCUUGGCCUUCGUUUAAAUGUGACUGUUAAGCAACAAUUUUGCCAGGCAUCCCGGAAUGCAGCAUUUUGCUCUGGGCAUGGCAGAUGUCUAAGUGAAGUUUGGAACAAGACAUAUGUCUGUCAUUGUCAGCCUCCAUAUUCUGGGGAAUUCUGCCAGGAAGUUGAUGGAUGCUUUCAAAACCCAUGUCGUAACAAUGGAAUUUGCAUUAAAAAAAGAGAAGAGAAUGAGGAUUCCUAUGAUUGCAUCUGUCAUCCACAGUUUGCAGGCAAAAAAUGUGCAGGAAUAAUUGGACACUGUCAACUACAUCUCUGUCUCCAUGGGAACUACAGAAAUGUCACACCAAAUACAUUCAUUUGUGAAUGUGAUGAACAGUUUACAGGUCAAUUUUGUGAGCAGUCGCUGAAACCUUGUCUUUCUCAACCAUGCUGGAAUGGAGGAACAUGCCAUAACCAAAUGCCAGCUUGUAUUUGUGAUGGUCCAGCUGGCUUUCUUGGUCCAAAAUGUGAAACUGAAGUUGAUGAGUGCUCAUCCCUGCCAUGUCAGAAUGGAGCUGAAUGCAUUGAUCUGCCAAAUGAUGUUACAUGCAUCUGCUCACCAGAAUUCACAGGCAAGUUUUGUGACAGAAUUCUAAGACCAUGUGAUUCAAUGCUUUUUGGAAAAAAUGUCACUUUGGGAGAACAAGUUGGAAGUUAUCAUAGCAGAUGUAUACCAGGAUUCACUGGAAGGAACUGUGAGGAAGUAAUUGACUACUGCAGACUACUCAGUAUCAACUGUCUGAAUGAAGGAUUGUAUUUCAAUAUAAUUGGAGGAUUCAAAGUAAGUAUUUUAAUAUAA